AUGAAAGAGAGAAUAAGAGAAUACGUGAUUGAUUACUUUCUAACAAAAUGCCAAAGUUGUACAAAUAAGGGAAAGAUUCGCAACGGUCAACAGGUUGCUUGGUUUGAGUGCACAACAACUAUAGAUGAUGUUGUCAGUGGCUCAGCUUGGUAUUAUAUUUCCUGUGGUGUGUGCCAUACUAAGGCAGUCAAAGGACCAAAGUCUCUGAUGUGUAAGAAGUGUGGGAAAGCUGAGAUUGCCGGAGUACCAGAGUAUCUGACCAAGAUCUCUGUCUAUGAUAAAAGUGACCAGGCAAUUUUUGUCAUCCUUGGUGAUGCUGGGUUUGAAUUAACUGGGCAUCACGGAAGUCAAUUAGUGGCGAACCACUUUGAGAACAUUGGAGAUGAUGAAACCAUGCCGGUUCCACAAGCUCUAACUGACACCAUUGGACAAACACAUAAGUUCCUUGUGAAAGUCUCAAAGCAUAAUCUCCAAGGCUUAAUUCAAUCCAUUACUGUGACAAAGAUCCUCCCACCAGAAGUUCCAGAAGAUAAUGCCAAUGCACCAGAGCCUGCUGAAAUAUUGGAGCCAGUAAGUGAAGAAUGUGGUCCUACCAUGAGCAUUGGAGAUUCUUCAGGUGAGGGUAACAAAAGAUCCACCGACAGUGUUGAACCAGAAGCUUUUAAACGUGUUAGAAGUGGCUAG